AUGACGUCCCCGCCAGAGUUCUUGAAGAACAAUCUCCCUACGUCUUCAGCAAGCAUCGGAAGACCUCAUAUAACGCUAACAUGGGCUCAAUCGCUCGACAGCAAGAUUGCUGGUCCUGGUGGUCAAAGGGUCAUUCUGAGUGGAAAGGAAAGUAUGCUAAUGACUCAUUGGAUGAGGUCUAUGCAUGAUGCGAUAUUGAUAGGGGUCAAUACUCUGAUAUUGGAUGAUCCAAGAUUACAAGCAAACCUCCUUCCACCAUCAUUGAACAUCCCUCCACCUCAGCCACUGAUCUUAGAUCCAAAAUUACGUUUCCCAGUUACAGCUCGAAUAUUGGGCGAGUGGAAUACGAAGGUAUCUGAACGUGGGAGAACGGUUCGUCAACCUUGGAUAAUAUGCGGUGAAGAUGUUUCUCUGAAAAGGAAAGAACAAGUUGAAAUUGCCGGUGGAAGAGUUAUACCUGUUCCAUUAGAUGAACGAGGUCAUAUAUCACCCUCGUCACUUCCUUCCAUCAUAUCGAACUUGGGUUUGAAAUCUGUCAUGAUAGAAGGAGGUUCAAAAGUAUUAUCAACAUUCCUACAUUGUCCUAAACGUCAUGACGGAAGUAAUCUGGUUGAUAGUGUGGUCAUCACCGUCGCUCCUAUGUUUAUAGGUGAUGGCAUAGGUGUAGUACCACAGGGAGAAGAUAUCGGUUUACCCAAAUUGAAAUAUAUACAUACUGAGAUAAUGGGUAAAGACGCUGUGAUGAUCUGUUCCAAAGAAUGA